AUGUUCAAGUCCACAGCUAAACAAGCUUUCAAAAGCGCUCCGACACUUGCAAGAAUGUAUUCUGACCUUCCAUUAUCUGUCAAGGUGACUUUUCCAACUGGAAAGAGUUACGACCAACCUACUGGGUUGUUCAUUAACAACGAGUUUGUUCUUCCCAAGAGAAAGAAGACUUUCGAGGUGAUCUCUCCAUCUACCGAGGAGGAGAUUUGCCAUGUCUAUGAAGCUCGUGAGGAAGAUAUCGAUGCUGCCGUCGAGGCUGCUGAAGCUGCUUUCAACACCGAAUGGUCCACUGGUCCUCCACUUGAGAGAACCAAGUACAUGACCAGAUUGGCUGACUUGAUUGAGGAGCACGCUGACACUCUUGCUCACAUUGAUACCUUUGACAAUGGUAAGUCAUUGGCCAACUCUCGUGGUGACGUUGCCCUUGCUGCCAACUACAUCAGAUCUUGUGCUGGUUGGGCUGACAAGAUUCAAGGUACUGCUCCUGACACUGGAUCUGGACACUUGAAUAUUGUUAAGAGAGAGCCAAUUGGUGUCUGUGGACAAAUUAUUCCAUGGAACUUCCCAUUGCUCAUGCUUUCUUGGAAGCUUGGUCCUGCUCUUGCUACUGGAAAUACCAUUGUGUUGAAAACUGCCGAGACUACCCCAUUGUCUGGUUUGUACGUUGCUAAAUUGAUUAAAGAAGCUGGCUUCCCUAAGGGUGUUGUCAACAUUGUAUCUGGUUUUGGAAAGAUUGCUGGUGAUGCCAUUGCUACCCACAAGAAGAUCAAGAAGGUUGCCUUCACUGGUUCCACUGCUACUGGUAGACACAUCAUGAGAGCUGCUGCUAACUCCAACUUGAAGAAGGUCACUUUGGAAUUGGGUGGUAAAUCACCAAAUAUUGUGUUCAACGAUGCUGAUAUUGAUGUUACUGUUCAAAACUUGGUUACCGGUAUCUUCUACAACACCGGUGAGGUUUGCUGUGCUGGUUCCAGAGUGUACGUCCAAGAUGGUAUCUAUGAUGAACUCUUGGCUGCUUUCAAGAAGGCUGCUGAAGAUGUCAAGAUUGGUGACCCAUUUGCUGAGGACACCUUCAUGGGUGCUCAAAACUCGUCGACUCAAUUGGACAAGAUUUUGAAAUACAUUGAAAUUGGAAAGAGUGAGGGUGCCAAGGUUGUUGCUGGAGGUGCCAGACACGGAGACAAGGGAUUCUUUGUUAAGCCAACCAUUUUCGGUGAUGUUAAGGAAGACAUGCAAAUUGUCAAAGAUGAAAUCUUUGGUCCUGUUGUCACCAUCUCCAAGUUUUCCACUGUUGAUGAAGUUGUCAAGUUGGCUAACGACUCUGAGUAUGGAUUGGCUGCUGGUAUUCACAGUACCAACAUGAACACCAUCAUGUCUGUUGCUAACAGAAUCAAGGCUGGUACCGUCUGGGUCAACACCUACAAUGAUUUCGACCACAUGGUACCAUUUGGUGGUUACGGCCAAUCAGGUAUUGGUAGAGAAUUGGGUGAGGCUGCUUUGGACAACUACACUCAAGUCAAGAGUAUCAGAGUUGGUCUCCACUAG